UGGCGGGGUGGCCAUGUGGGGCGGAUUGGGGCAACCAAAAACGGGAGCCUCGACCGCAACACACGAAUUGCGAGAAUGGAAGCUGUCUGCCUCCGUCACAGCACAUAAACCAAGGUCGCCAUCACACUUUCGCAUACUGAGAGGAGGUUCGCAAAGACGUCUCCCGAGCUGUUUUCCCCCACCAACCUCGACCGCCCAUUUCAGGCGCAUAGCCUUCGCGACAACCUCCCAUUCUAUUCACCCACGAACCGCUCCCCACCCUCCACGGACAUCGCCGCAAAUCCUACGAAGGCCCUUCAGCAAUGUCGGACCUUGCGAGCAGGAUCACAAAGCCUGAGGAUGCUCAGCCGGCAGAGGCACCUGCAGCUGCAGCUGAAGCACCUCAAGAGGAAGCAUCCAUCACCCCUGCUCAGACCGAUGGUGCUGGUGAAGCCGCUGGUGGCUCCAACUUACAAGAGGUCGAUUACGAUGUUGAAGUUUCACUCAACGAGCUGCAACAACAUAAGGACCACCCUCUAGGCUCAGUCAAGUCGUUCCAGGAGCUCGGUUUACCUGAUGCUGUCCUCCAAGGCCUUAUCGCUAUGCAGUUUCAGAAGCCCUCCAAGGUCCAGGAGAAGGCUUUGCCCCUGAUGUUGGCCAACCCCCCUCAGAACAUGAUUGCUCAGUCCCAGUCAGGCACUGGCAAGACGGCAGCAUUCGUAACCACAGUCUUGUCUCGCAUAGACCUAAACAUGCCCAACCAACCGCAAGCACUGAUCCUUGCUCCUACCCGUGAGCUCGCCCGCCAGAUCCAGGGUGUUGUGCAGCUCAUCGGCCAGUUCUGUCAAACCCUGAUUGUGGAAGCUGCCGUCCCCGGUGUUAUUGCAAGAGAUACCAAGGUCGAGGCUAGCGUUAUCUGCGCUACCCCCGGCACCGUCAUGGAUCUGAUUAGACGACGACAGAUUGACGUCUCGCAGUUGAAGGUACUCGUUAUUGACGAAGCCGAUAACAUGCUUGAUCAGCAAGGCCUUGGUGAGCAGUGCGCCCGAGUCAAGGGUAUGCUUCCCAAGACGGUGCAAAUUCUUCUGUUUUCUGCCACCUUCCCUGACAAGGUUCUUCGAUACGCUGCACAGUUUGCCCCGAAUGCCAAUCAGAUCAAGCUCAAGGUUCAGGAGCUCACUGUUCGCGGCAUUUCACAAAUGUUCAUGGAUUGCCCCAACGAAUCCGACAAGUACGGCAUUCUGUGUCAGCUUUAUGGCCUUUUGACAAUUGGUUCUUCUAUCAUCUUCGUCAAGACCCGCGAAAGUGCCAAUGAGAUUAUGAAGCGGAUGACAGAGGACGGUCACAAGGUCACUGCUCUCCACGGAGCCUUCGAGGGUAAUGCCCGAGAUGCGCUUAUUGAUGAGUUCAGAACUGGCCGAACCAAGGUCCUGAUCACGACAAACGUUCUCGCUCGUGGCAUUGAUGUAUCGAGUGUCAACAUGGUCAUCAACUACGACGUUCCCAUGAAGGGCUUUGGCGAUCGUGAGCCUGACGCAGAAACCUAUCUGCACCGUAUCGGUCGAACAGGUCGGUUCGGACGAGUUGGCGUCAGCAUCACGUUCAUCUAUGACAAGAAGAGUUUCGAGGCCCUCCAAGACAUCGCAGAGAAAUAUGAGAUUGAUCUGAUCCGCCUGGUGCCCGACGAUUGGGAUGCUACAGAGGCCGAGGUGCAGCGUGUCAUCAAGUCAACGAGAGCCCAAGCUUCAUUCAAUCCUAGUGCCAAAUAGGAUAUGGUCUAGGAUGAUACAAACCUGUUGGCGCCAAGUGAACAACGUGGACCAGCGGAAUCGUACGAAUCCGUUGUCGUUGACAUGGUGGCAGCUUGGCGGUUGCAUAUUGCAUCAGUUUUGGAAUUUUGGAAUUGUCAAGAGCUAUGUGAAGCUGGACCAUUCAGAUGAAAAGGAUCUGCCUUGCCAUGUCGGAUGAGAAAAGGCUGUGCUUAAUGAAUGAGAGAAUGCGGACGGGAUAGACAUGAGAACCAUGAUACCACAAAAAUGAUGAACUGUUCUGAUUUGAUCAAAAUAUG